AUGUUCGGCUUUAAAGUGAGGGUUACAACUACGGUUCCCCGGACGGGCAGCGACCCCUCGGUGACCGGAGACCCCAGGGUGCUGCACUACCUGCGGGCCCUGGAGAAGACCCGCCCGGUGACCUGCUACUUUGGCGGGCUUCAGACGGACAUCCGGCCGGACAUGAGGAGGAGGCUGACGCUGUGGAUGUUACAGGUGUGUGAGGAGCAGAAGUGUGAGGAGGAGGUGUUUCCUCAGGCGGUCCGCUACCUGGACUCCUACCUGAGCCGCUUUGUCAUCGAGAAGGUCCACCUGCAGCAUUUAGGGACAGUUUGUCUGCUCCUGGCGUCCAAGAUGAGAGAAUGCGUCCACCUGUCCGCUGACAAGCUGCACAUCUACACAGACGGCUCCAUUCCGGCCUCAGACAUCCUGCAGUGGGAGGUGGCAGUGCUGUCCAGGUUAGACUGGUGUCUGGCCUCCGUGGUACCCUCUGACUUCCUGGAGCCAAUUCUUCACGCUCUCCCCUUUGUUCCGGCCUUCCAUCUCAACACCAUGCGCAGGCAUGUUCACUCCUACGUUGCCCUGGCAGCCAUGGACUACAGGUUCUCAGUCUUCCUCCCCUCCACUCUUACAUGCGCCUGUGUGACCAUUGCCAUACAGAGGCUCCGGUUGGUGGACGCUGCCGCCUCCCCAGACUCAGUGAUGAGGUUUUUGGCCAACCUUUUGGCCGCUGAUCUGAGCACAGCCUUCCGCUGCUACGAGCAGCUCGGGAGUGCGUUAGGGCUCGUCCUGCCCUCCUGCUCCCAUGAUGGCGUUAGCAGAUCGGAGGCCCACAGCUCGGGGAUCAGCUGCGCCCCUGCUGACAUUCAGGAUGCUGAAUCGACACCGGUGUAACCUCCUCAGGAAAUCAAGCUUAAGCACUACGCCCUGCCGUGAAAGGUCUGAGUGAACGAUAAGUUUACAUUCAUGAGACGGAACAAGAGGCCCGAGUGAAAUCCUCCUCAGUCUCAGUUGGUUUUUGCAUGUUUAAAAAAAAAAAAAUCUGUUCUGUUCCUGUCUAAAAUAUUUGGCAAUUACAGAAAAGCAGGUUUAAGAGUUAUAACUAACUGUGCUUUUCAUUGUUACUUGAACUUUUCCAGUGAGUUGAUCGCAGUGUUUGCACAUUUUCAUUGCACUAUUUUCU